AUGCACAUGGUCUGCCCGCCGUCGACCAAGCCGUCGGGCUUGAAGAAGCUAUGGACCAAGGUGGUCCACCCGUUCUCGCACGCCGUACCGGCCAAGGAGCCGCCGGUCAAGGAUACGCAAGCAUACAUCUGCACCUGCGUGCAGCUCAACGUGCUCGCGGCGCGCCGCCGCCAAGCCAUGGCCCCGCCCGCGCGCGCAGCGGCCACCAUGGCGCCCAUCGCACUUCCCGAUGAGUUUCGCAUGGAGAAGAAGGACAAGACACUGGUCAGUGGGCACCGCGUGCCCUACUGCCCGAUCCAGAACCAGCGCUGGAAGAGCUACCGCAAGGCGCGCACGUUUGAAGCGAUCGCUGAAGACGACGAUGCGCUGGACGCCAACCAACCGAUCGUUUGCCCUGGCUGCAUGGCGCGAUCGAGUCUCUCGACAGUCACGAGCCACGACCUCGAGGACGACUACUAG